CUGUGUUGGAUCCUGGGCUGGUCGUUUGUUGCUCUGGUGUCUGCAUGUCUGAGAGUGUUUGAAUUCAUGGGUGAAGGGUGGGGAGCUGCUGGGUGUGACUCUGACACACUCUGUAUCAUUCUGUCCAGGUGAGACGAUGUCUAUAAAGACGACUGCAGUCAGAAGAGCAGAAUUCACUCCACAGAAGUACUCUCAGCGGAGUCUGGAUCUGUUUUUUUAAGACUUGAAAGGAGAACAGCAUGAAAACGCUUUUACUUCUGGCUGUCAUUUCUGCAGCAUGUCGGGCACAGACCGACUGCUCUCUUGGGGCGUGUUACCCCCCCAGCCAGGACCUGCUGCUGGGCCGGGUUCAGCAGCUGCGAGCGUCCUCCACCUGUGGUCUCGCUGAGUCUGAGGUCUUCUGCACACUCUACCAACAGAGGAGGAUCAAGUGCUGCCCGUGCGACUCCAGGAACCCCAAUGGUCAGUUGGCCCACACCGUCCAGGAUGUCCUGUCAACUUCUGGACCAGAGAGAUGGUGGCAGUCCAGGAAAGGAGUGACUCCAGUUAACCUUCAGCUGGACCUCAACAGUCUGUUCCAGCUGGACAGCUUGGUGCUCAGCUUCAAGGGUCCUCGUCCCGGCGCCCUGGUCAUCGAGAGGACCCUGGAUCACGGCCAGACAUGGCAGCCGGUUCUGUACUUAGCAACAGACUGUCAGAGAUCUUUUCCCAGCAUUCCCACGUCGGCUCCUCUCAAACUGGAGCACACAUACUGCCAUCCCCUGAAGCCAAACGGAGCCAACCCGAACCAGGAGCAGACAAUUGACUUCAGCCCUCUGCGUCAGUACAUGUUUGCCCCAGCCUCCCACAGUCAGAAGGUUGAAGCGACGUCGGGGUUAACGGGGCUCAGGGUGAAGCUGACCGAGCUGGGCGAUGUGCCUCAGCUGCCAGGGAGGGGUCUGAGCCAGUUCUACGCCCUCAAGGAGAUGAGAGUGAUGGGCAGCUGCAUGUGUCACGGGCACGCCAACCGCUGUGUGCCGCAGGACAGCGCCGUACAGGUGAGCCCUCAGUGCGACUGCCAGCACAACACGGCGGGUCUGAACUGUGAGCGCUGCGCUGACCUCUACAACGACCUGCCCUGGAGGGCUGCUGAGGACGGAAACACGCACGCCUGCAAACGGUGUGAGUGCAACAACCACGCGCAGAGCUGCCACUUCGACUGGGCACUAUUCGAGUCCAGCGGGCGGCGCAGUGGUGGAGUGUGUGACAACUGCAUGCACCACACCACCGGGCCGAACUGUGACCGCUGCGCCCCGGGGUACCAGCCGAACCCCCGCAGCCGGAUGGACCGUCCUGACGCAUGCAUACGCUGUUCCUGCAGCGCUGAUGGGACAGUGGAUGGGGGUCUGUGUGAGGACAGCCUUGACUCCUGUCGCUGCAAAGAGAAGGUGGAGGGCCCCCGCUGUGAUCGCUGCAAAACAGGGUUUUAUGGUCUGAGCGCGUCAAAUCCUGCAGGCUGCAACCCAUGUUCCUGUUCUCCAGACGGCUCCAUCUCAGGCGUGUGUGACCCCGUGACCGGUCAGUGUCCCUGCCGACCCCACUUUCAGGGCAGAACGUGUGACCUGUGCUCCGACGGAUAUUGGAAGCCGGCCCUGUCAAAACGCUGCGAGCCCUGUGGCUGCGACCCCACCAGCUCAACCAGUGACACCUGUGACCAGGUGACCGGUCAGUGUCGGUGCCGGCCGGGCUUCGGAGGCCGAACGUGCACAGAGUGUCCAGAAGGUUCCUACGGAGACCCCCUGACAGGUUGCCGGCGGUGUCGCUGUGACACUGAGGGCUCCCUUCCUGGAGGCUGUGAUAAGCAGACGGGGGCGUGUCAGUGUCGGCCCGGCGUCACCGGCGCUCGCUGUGACUCCUGCAGUCGGGGACACUGCAACUCUUUCCCAGCCUGUAAAGAGUGUCCCUCCUGCUUCUUCUCCCUGGACGAGCAGCUGAGAACCAUGAGCCUGGCACUGGAGAGACUCUCCAACAGCCUCCUCUCCCGCCCUGGGACAGGUGCUCCUCUGGACCCUCUCAUUCUGGCCCUGGAGGACCAGCUGGACCGAAUCAGGAGCUCGGUCUCUCUUCCACCUGGAAGUGUUUCAGAGGUCAAAGACACUCUGUCUCAGCUGGAGGAGCUCAGAAAGCAGUUGGAUCAGGCUAACGGAACUCUUCCGUCCAUCGAGAAAACUCCUGACUUGGCUUCAGAAUUAGACAAACUUCAGGAUCUCCUCAACCGCCUGACUCUGAUCUACAAGGCCAAAAAAGCCGGCUUGGAGAACUCCAUCAGCUCUGACAACACGGGGGCGUUUGAUGCCAUCAGGAAGGCCUACGACGAGUCUACUGAGGCGGCAGAGAAGGUGAACGACACCAGAACCACGCUGCAGGAGGCGGCCGCCAUCAGACAGGAAGCCAAAGACCUUCAGGGUCAAGUUCAGCCUACCAACACCAGAGACCUGGGGAAACUCAACCACAGCAUGGCCUCACAGCCAAACCUCACCCCCACUGCCAAACAGGUGUGUGGCAGUUCUCGAUCAGAGCCCUGCACCCCCCUCCAGUGCCCAGGAGAGGAUCUGUGUCCUCCAGAGGGCGCCCCGCCCUGUGAAAAGGCAGCAGAAUGUGUUGGUGCUCUUCCUCUAAGUCGCAGGGCGAAUGCUGAUGCUGAGGAUGUUAAAGAGCGACUGGGGAGGCUGAACAAGAACAUCACAGAGGCAGCAGAGAAGCUCCAAAAAACACAGGAGAAAACCAAAAAAGUGAGACAGUCUGCUGAGCAACUGUCUGAUAAAAUAAAGCAGGCCAGAGAUGUGUUUGAAGAAGACCUGAAUGUUACACGUGGAUUAGUGAGGGAGCUCAAGAACUUCCUGUCAGACCCGACCUCCAACCUGAACCAAAUCCAGGAGGUGAGUGACUGGGUUCUGGCAGCCAAGUUGCCUCUGAGCAUCGCUGAUCUGACGAAGAAGCUGGAUCAGCUGAAGGAUCUGGCAGCAAAUCUACCAAACAGCACAGCAGUGCUGAAGGAGGCGGAGCCUCAGCUGGAAAUGGCCAGGAGGCUGCUGCAGGACGCUCAGGACACCAGAGAUGUUGCACUGGGAGUGAAAGCUGAUGUGAAUGAGCUGCUAAAAGGAUUCAGUAAUACUGAGGGCGCCCUCUCUGACCUGGAGGACAAACUGCAGGAUGUCAACGAUCUCAUCGAUAGCCUGAGCAGCAAUCUGAGUCUGUCUGAAAACCUGUUGAGUCCAGCAGAGAAGGUCCUGGACGAAGCAUCAGCACUGAUGAAACCAAUGAAACCACAGCUGGAAAAUCUGAAGGCUCUGCUGCUGGAUGCAGACCAGCAGGCCCAGGAUGCUGAAGAAAAGGCAACUAAAGCUGAAGAGGAGGCGACCGCUGCAGAUCAGGAUCUGCUAAACUUGGAGAAACAGCUGGAUCGCCUCAAAAAAGAAGCGUCCCCUGGAACCACAGCAGGGUCAGCAGAGGAUCGGCUCGCCAAACUGAAGGAGGACGCUGCAGCUUUGACAAACACAACAGAAAUGAUAAUGAAGUCUCUGGAUGGAAAAGCAGAUUCCCUCAGAGAGCUGCAGGAUGAAGUUCUUCAGAAGUCCAGCAAGCUUGAAGGACUCAAUGCCAGAGUCCAAGAUCUCCUGACACAACUGAGGAAGAAAGCUCACGACUUGAGGAAGUGUCGGGGCUGAGAGCCUCCAUCCGUGCAGCUCAUCAUAGAUGUUGUGGUAGAACGAACUAUGAAAGCAUGCUCUGCUGUUUUCUGGUUUCUCUGACACAUCUGGUUAUUUUAAUGUCCAAAUUAUUUUUUUUAUUCUGUUAUUGUGUGAAAUAUUUAAAGUAUUUUUUGAGUUUAAACUCAUAUGGACAAAACUGUUUCUCAUGAGUCAAACAUUUACAUUUCAUUGUAAAGCACUUUAUUACAUCCCAAUGCAUCUGGCUCCGCCUCCACCUGACCUUUAUUCUUUCUGAUAAUGCUUUUUUUUUAUUUUCAUUAAAAAACGGUGUCCAUCCAUGCACACAAAGGAUGGGCACGGUUAUUGCUCCUUUUAGACCCUGCAUAGUGAUUUAUUUUUUACUUACCUUACGACAUAUCCUCAGACCAUUAUGGCUCUUUAUAAUAACACUGUAGUAUUUAGUUCAGUAUAUUUUAGAUGUUUUACUGAAAGAUGAUGAAUUUCUGAACUCUAAAUUCUUGCCAUGGCGUUUGGGUCAGCCCGUCAAGGUUCCUGUGGUCAUAAUAAUUUCAGGUUUUUAGCACAAAAGACCUUGAACACAAAUGCUGUCAAACUGAGAACCUUUUAAAUGAUAUAGUAAUCAGAUUGAUACAUUUGUUUCUUUUAAAAGGUUUUGAUGGACUCCUUAAAUUAAAAUAUUUAAUACAUAAAGAAGCUCAUAAAGUAAAGACAGCUAGAGUUAGGUUUUCCUUAAAGAAUAUUCUGAGGUGAUUUAUCUUUAUAUCUGCCUGUUGACUGAUUUGUAAAAAGUAGUAUAUUUAAGUGUAUGACAAGUACUUAGUCUGAGGCAGUAUACUUGAAGUUUACUUUUUACAUACUAUCUAUAUAUACUCUGUCCAUUUUAGAAACUAAGCUUAAAACCCGUUUUUACAGCCAAGCUUUCAACCUUCCAUGAGAGUUUAUUUGUUUUUUGCUGAUUUUUUUCUAUUAGUGUUCUUGGUGUUUUAUUAUAAAAAGCUUUGUGGCAGUUUGGCUAUUAAAGUGCUUUAUAAAUAAAGUUGAUUUGAUAUUGUA